AGUCCUGUUCGCGGUCUGUCUCCUCUAUCUCAGAGCCAGGCUCCUUCCUUGAGGCGGGGCGGCCUCCCGCGUCAGCCCCCUUUUAGGGAGGAAAGGGAGGAAGGAAGUAGGGAGGGGCGGAAAAAAACAAGGGCAGAGAGGAGCUUCUUCUGUGCUGGGGUGGAGAGACCGAGCGCGGCGGCGGCUCCGCGGGAACAAAGAGGCGCGAAAGCGCGAGGGCUGAAAGGAAAGGGGGCACUCCUCGUCUCGCUCCAACGGCCGCGGAGAUGAAAGAAGAGUGAAGAGGCAUGGAUAUAACAUGAGUUGUUUAACAUGUUCAGAAAGAAUAUGAAUUAUUUCUCAGUUAACUAGAUAAAAUGGAUGAAUCUGUCUUAUUGGAUCUGUUGGAGUGUCCUGUCUGCUUAGAACGUCUGGAUGCUUCUGCAAAAGUCUUGCCUUGUCAACAUACAUUUUGUAAACGAUGUCUGUUGGGCAUUGUGAGCUCACGCAAUGAGCUUCGUUGUCCUGAAUGCCGAACAUUAGUAGACUGCAGUGUUGAUGAACUUCCUAGUAAUAUUUUGCUUGUUCGACUACUAGAUGGCAUCAAACAGAGGCCUCGGAAAUCUGCUAAUUUAAUGACUUGCACAAAUUCAUUAAGGGCCCAAACUAGCACUGUUGCUAACUGCGUUCCAAAAGACUUGCAGAGUUCUCAAUGUGUCCAGCAACAGAGAGUACAAGCACGAAGUCCACCUGUUAGGGGUGUACCUCAGUUACCUUGUGCCAAAGCAUUAUAUAACUAUGAGGGGAAAGAGCCUGGAGAUCUUAAAUUCAGCAAAGGCGACAUCAUCAUAUUACGUCGGCAAGUUGAUGAAAAUUGGUAUCAUGGAGAAGUUAAUGGUAUCCAUGGAUUUUUUCCUACCAAUUUUGUCCAGAUAAUUAAACCAUUACCUCAACCUCCACCUCAGUGCAAAGCACUUUAUGACUUUGAAGUUAAAGACAAGGAAGCUGACAAGGAUUGUUUACCCUUUUCAAAGGAUGAUAUUCUGACUGUGAUUCGCCGAGUAGAUGAAAAUUGGGCUGAAGGAAUGUUGGCUGAUAAAAUUGGAAUAUUUCCUAUUUCAUAUGUUGAGUUUAACUCAACAGCAAAGCAACUUAUUGAACUGGACAAACCCUCAGUUUCUACAGUAGAUUCUGGAGAAGGCACCUCUGGUAUAUCCCAUAGCAAUUCAGUGCAAAAGCACACUGAUACGAAGAAGAACACCAAAAAACGUCAUUCUUUUACCUCCCUUACCAUGUCCAGUAAGGCUUCACAGUCUUCUCAGAAUCGUCACUCAAUGGAAAUCAGCCCUCCUGUCCUCAUCAGCUCCAGUAAUCCAACUGCUGCAGCACGAAUAACUGAGCUUACCGGCCUUUCUUGCAGUGCACCUUCUCAGGUUCACAUUAGUACCACAGGAUUAAUUGUGUCCCCACCACCCAGCAGUCCAGUAACAACAGGACCUUCAUUUACCUUUCCACCCGAAGUCACUUACCAAGCUGCUUUUGCUGUAAGUAGUAUUAAUCCACCUCUCCCACCACCACCAUCACCUGUCUUGUCUGCUACAAUAAUUGCCCCUAAUUCUACGUGCCUGUCUUCAGGGGCAGCUCAAAAGUCAACAUCUGCCUUGACUGAGCAAAUGCCACAUUUGAGACCACAGACAAGACCAAGUGUGUAUAUUGCUAUUUAUCCAUACACUCCUAGAAAAGAAGAUGAACUGGAACUGAGAAAAGGUGAAAUGUUUUUGGUGUUUGAGCGUUGUCAGGAUGGCUGGUUUAAAGGAACUUCCAUGCAUACCAGCAAAAUUGGUGUAUUUCCUGGGAAUUAUGUGGCACCAGUUACAAGGGCAAUGACAAGUGCCUCCCAAGCAAAAAUACCUGUAUCUACUGCUGGCCAGACAGGGCGAGUGGUGACCAUCAAUGCUUCCACUGCUGGAGGAACAGUGCAAAAACUUCAGGGAAAUGGUGUGACAGUGAAUUCUAGUACAAUACCAACAGCUGUGGUCUCUGCAGCACACAUACAGACGAGUCCACAAUCCAAGAUCCUUAUGCAUAUGUCUAAUCAAAUGACGGUGAAUCAAGCUCGCAAUGCAGUUAGAACAGUUGCAAUUCAUAGCCAAGAAAGACCGACAGCCACUGUAACACCAAUUCAGACUCAAAAUUCAGCAUGCCUUAUUCCUGCUGCUGUAAUUAUUCCACACCAUUCUGUUGCCUCUCAACAGCUACAACCUCAAUUUUCAAAUGCUGCUGCUUAUAUCACAGCUGUAAAUAUCAACCGGACAAAUGUCCCAUUGGCUUGCACAACUUCUUCAUUAAACUCUUCUAGCACUUCUGUAUUAGUAGAUGGAGAUUCAAGUGGGAAAAUUGUGACUGUUCAUACUGGAGCUCCAGCUUCCCCAGAGAAUACAUUGGCUGCUGGAGGUAUUACUGCUAUGAGUAAAACAGACAGAGAUGGAAAGAAAGAAAAAAAGGGGUUAUUGAAGUUACUUUCAGGAGCAUCUACUAAGCGUAAACUUAGAGCAUCACCACCAUCAUCACCAACUCUGGAAGUUGAGCUGGCAGCUACAGAACUGUCCCUUCAGGGUGCUAUAGGGCCAGAGGUCCCAUCAACUUCUAGUCAGGGAAGAGCAGACUCCUGCCCCAUGGACAAUGAAACACCUACAUCUGUGCAGGAGAGUACUCACCGUAAAACAAGUUCUUUGGAUUCUAAUAUUCCUAUAGCUCCCCCUCCAAGGCAGCCCUGCUCAUCAUUGGCUCCAGGGUCAAAUGAAUCCAGAUCUGUAGUCUAUGAACGAUACAGAGUAGUGGUAUCCUAUCCUCCUCAGAGCGAAGCUGAACUUGAACUUAAAGAAGGAGAUGUUGUGUUUGUACAUAAAAAGCGUGAAGAUGGCUGGUUCAAAGGCACAUUGCAGCGAAAUGGAAAAACUGGUCUUUUCCCUGGAAGUUUUGUGGAGAGUAUCUAAGAAAACUAAUUUCAAAUACUUCGACUCUCACAGCACUAUUAAAUAGCACAAAUAUUUUAGAAGAGAGAUUGCAGCCAUGGAAGACUGUAGUUUAAAUAAAUUUAUAUUUAUGUUUUUCAGUAUCCUACAGCACAAUUCUGCCAGCAGAGAAGAUUGAAAUAGUUGCUUUUUUAUCAUUUUGAAUUCUUGAGUGUAAUGUGUGCCUUGUAACGUCUGAUUUAUUCUUCAGAGGAUUUUUAAAGUAUAUAUAUAAACAUAAAAUCUCAUUGUUUACAAGGCUGUAACUAAUUUAUUCAUUUUUCUAAACUUGAAUUCUGUUUAAUAGCUAAAGUUUGGUGAUUAUGAUUAACAAGUUACUUAUAAAAUAAGGAGAAGCUGGAUUCUUUUCUUACAAAAAGGCAUAGUAUCAGAUAGACAGCUUUUUCCAACUGUGUGUGACAGUGAAGUGAGUUUGUUUUAUGGGUUAAUGUUGGCUGUAAUGAUGGUUAUGUGGUGUCAAAUUGAACCAUGCACACUGGGAUAAAAUGACAUUGUGGAUUUGUUUUAUAUUGGGUGAGAAACUAUCAGUAGCAAGUCUUAAUGUCUCAGAUUGAAACAUUUCUGAUGAAACAUUUCUAAAAGGCAGUGAUACAGCUGUGCAGCAUUGUUAACAUUCUCAAAGUAAGAAUAAAAUAUAGAAAAUAUACCAGAAAUGGGGAAUAUCAAAUUCCACUAGCAUCUUUUUGUCAAGUAUUUUUGGAUAUCUGUCAAGAUUUCCCUUUGUGGAUUUGGCUGGUUCUUUGAGCAUAUAGCAUACAGAAUGUAAAUGAGCUCAGAUAGGUUUACAGCAAAACACUUGGAAGAAUGGAAAAUAAUAGUGAUAAUUGAUAGGAUCAAAAUUUAAAUUCAGGUUGCACUCAGUGUCUAAAUAUGCCAAGAAAUGUUUGCUUCUUUAUCUUUUCAAAGUGAUUCGCAUGGCUGAGAGACAAUUUACCUUGUUUGAGCAAUAUUGGUGGUAAGUAAUAUACUUGUGUUUUUAAAGUAAAGGCUGUAAGAACACUGUGACAUUUUUGCUAAUUUUGUAACUAUUGCUACUUUCAUAUGUCUUGAUUCGUCAGUGUCUUGCAUGCAUUAUCACAUUCAUACAGGUAUACAAAACAGUGCAUGACUGACUUACAGAUUUUAUUAUACUGUACUGUUAUGAUGAACUGGAUGUUAAAUCAACCAGUUACCUGCUAGUAUGGAAGCCACUGAUCAAAAACUAGUGAGUGAUUGGGUACUAACUGUAUAAAGAAUAUU